CUGCAACUUACAUACAGCCUUCUGGCUUAAGGACACAUAAUUCUCACUGCUAGCACCAUCAGUCCCCUGCAAAAGGGCCUGACCCUCUUCCUGUUCACUUGCCUGUAAGAUUAGGGAGUAGAAUUCACCCACCCUCUGCAGAAGCCCGAGCCAUACUUUGUCCAGUUCCAUAUUAUGUCAGCAGUAGUGCACCUGCUCUCUCGCAACGCAGAGACAUGGAAAUCUCUGGUUUCAGAGUAUGAGGAGCUUAACUAGGUACUAACUCCCAGUUCAAUAAAAGUGGAUGUAGGCCAGCUUCAGACCCUGCUUAAUGUGUGACCUCCAGCACAGGCAUUCCUCUGAUCCCACUGCACAGCACUGAAGCCCUGGCCAAGGCACAGCCUAGACAGCUGGCUCACAGUGGCAGUUCUGGAGUGUCAGCAUCAGGGUCUGCUCAGUGCCACUUAGCAGUCUGCAGCACUUUACCACUCCUAGGAACAAAAGACACAGCUUCUGGGAAAACAAAUCCCUUUCUGUGGGGCUGAUUUGAGUGCUAAGUUCACAGUGAUGACUUUGCAUGACUGCACACAACCUGACCAAGCACCAGCCACCAUUAGGCAUUGCCCUGUCCCCUGCUGAGUUGGCAGGGGCAGUUGGGGGCCCUGUUCCUGUCUCUUGUCCCCUGCCCAAGGUGGGGAAUCAGGGGGUGCAGGAUUGCACCCCGCCAGCAGGCAGAGCCUGCAGCUCUACAGGAAUGCAAUGAGGAGCUUCCCUCGUCACCCUGGCGAGGCGGCCCGGGGCCUGUGCGCGAGGCUAUUUUGGUCCGUCUUUUUAUCACACACUCCUCCCUGUGGAAUUCACCCAACUAAAACCUUGCAAUCUGCAGCCUUCGCUCUCAGAGGCAGCGAGCGCUUGGACAGGCCCCUUCCUCAGCUCACCAUGGCCGCGCGGAUGGUGCCCCAUGCCUACCCCAUGAGCUCAGAGUACGAGUUCGCCAACCCCAGCAAGAUCUACGACCAGAACUUUGGAGAAGGUGUGUCCCCAUGUGAGAUUUUAGCUCCUGCCCUGUACCAUGGCUACUACAUCAGGCCUCGGAUCAACAAGCAGCUGGAUCGAGGCACCUCGGAGGUCAGCCUCAAUGACCACAAGUACGAGGUGUUCCUGGACGUCUGCCACUUCCUGCCCGACGAGCUGACAGUGCGCACUGUGGACAACCUGCUGGAGGUGGUGGGGCAGCACCCCCAGAGGGCUGACCGCCACGGCUUCAUCUCCCGAGAGUUCACCAGGACCUACAUCCUCCCACUGGACGUUGACCCCUUGCUGAUGAGAGCUACCCUGUCCCACGAUGGCAUUCUGAGCAUCAUGGCACCCCGAACAGGAAAGGAGGUGAAAGCUAGGAUCAUUGAAGUGAAGAUAAUCCAGGAGCAGACAGUGGGGCAGGAAGAACAGUCUGAGGAAGGAAAAGGGAAGGAAGAGUCCUAAAGGCCCCAAAGCUGGGCUUGAGCGA